ACGAGUAAAUAAAAGAAAAAAAUUAUUGUUGUGUGAAAUAGUCGUAGCUGAUGUCUGCAAUCUGGCCGUGAAAGAAACAUCGGCGACUCCUUCAAAAUCCCCUUCAUUUUUCCAUUUUCAAAUCGCAACCGUCUCCACCACAACUGCCGCCAUUCGCUCACGCGCCGCCUCACCCAGAUUCGACGACUUCACUCACUGCGUCACUACUCUCCCUCAGCUGAGCUACACGUGGUGGUCAAUGACCCCAUUUCGACGCGGAUUGGGAAAAUUGAGAGAAAUUGAGGCCCCUCUCCUUCACGAUUGCAAUUCAACCAUCACUUCCCCCAAUUUCUAUUGAAUUUUUAUUUUAUUUUUUAUUUUUUUCAACUCUCAACUCCCCAUUUUUCUCCCCCUUCCUUGUCUCCAAUAUUUGAUUGGGAUUCGACACAGUCUCCUCAAAUUCCGGGAAUAUCGUAGGGUUUUCUGAAUCUGGGGCUGCGAUCGGAGGAAAACAAUGGCCGGGUGGAGGGGAUCUAGAGGCGGACGCGACCGCGCGCCCUCCGACGACCGUGUCGCCUCGUCUCAAACUGUCCGUCUGGGGAAGGUUCAGCCACAGGCGCCGGGUCACAGGACCGUCUUCUGCAAUGAUCGCGAGGCCAAUUCGCUCGCCAAAUAUAAGGGUAAUUCUGUGUCAACAACAAAGUAUGAUGUAUUUACCUUUUUACCAAAGGGGCUCUUUGAGCAGUUCAGAAGAGUUGCAAACCUCUAUUUUCUCAUGAUCUCAAUCUUGUCAUGCACUCCUGUGAGUCCUGUAAGUCCAAUUACAAAUGUGCUUCCACUGUCACUGGUGCUUCUUGUGUCCCUCAUAAAGGAAGCAUGGGAAGAUUGGAAACGUUUCCAAAAUGACAUGUCAAUCAAUAAUUCCAACGUAGAAGUGUUGCAAGACUGGAAUUGGGUACCUACUCCUUGGAAGAAGCUGCAGGUUGGAGAUAUUAUCAGAGUGAAUCAGGAUGGAUUCUUUCCUGCUGAUUUAAUGUUCCUUGCCAGCACAAACCCUGAUGGUGUCUGCUAUGUUGAGACUGCAAAUCUUGAUGGAGAAACUAACUUGAAGAUACGGAAGGCACCGGAAAGGACGUGGGAUUUUGUGUCACCGGACAAAGUUUCUGAAUUCAAAGGUGAGGUUCAAUGUGAGCAACCAAAUAAUUCUCUGUAUACCUUCACUGGAAACUUGAUCAUUGAUAAACAAAUCUUGCCUCUCAGUCCAAACCAACUUCUCUUACGUGGGUGUAGUCUCAGAAAUACUGAGUACAUUGUAGGUGCUGUCAUUUUUACAGGACAUGAGACAAAGGUUAUGAUGAACUCCAUGAAAAUCCCUUCCAAAAGAAGCACCUUAGAAAAGAAACUUGACAAGCUUAUACUUGCACUAUUUACUGUUCUUUUCUGCAUGUGUCUUUUGGGAUCCAUUGGCAGUGGUGUAUUCAUAAACAGCAAGUAUCACUAUUUGAGAUUUGAUACAUCAGAGGCACAGUUCGAUCCUGACCACAGAUUUGUGGUUGCUAUCUUGACGUUUUUUACCCUUAUAACUCUGUAUUCUCCAAUCAUUCCAAUCUCUCUGUAUGUUUCUGUGGAGAUGAUUAAAUUUAUCCAAUCCACCCAAUUCAUCAACAAUGACUUGCGCAUGUACCAUGCUGAGAGCAAUACCCCUGCAUUGGCACGUACGUCUAACUUAAAUGAGGAACUUGGGCAGGUGGAGUACAUCUUCUCUGACAAAACUGGGACCUUGACUCGUAACUUGAUGGAGUUUUUCAAAUGUUCAAUUGGAGGAGAGGUAUAUGGUACAGGUGUCAGUGAAACAGAGAUUGGAGCAGCUCAAAGAACUGGUGUUAAAGUUGAUGCUCAGAAGCGAUCAAGUGCAGCAAGUGAAAGGGGUUUCAAUUUUGAUGAUGCACGACUUAUGAGAGGAGCUUGGAGGAAUGAACCUAAUCCCGAUUGUUGCAAAGAAUUCUUUAGGUGCCUAGCAAUAUGCCAUACUGUGCUUCCAGAAGGUGAUGAAUCCCCUGAGAGGAUUCGAUAUCAAGCUGCAUCACCUGAUGAGGCUGCUUUGGUAGUAGCUGCAAAGAAUUUUGGCUUUUUCUUCUAUAGACGUACCCCCACAAUGAUUUAUGUCCGGGAAUCACACGUUGACAAGAUGGGAAAGGUCCAGGAUGUUCCUUAUGAAAUUUUGAAUGUUCUUGAGUUUAACAGUACAAGGAAGCGUCAAUCUGUUGUUUGCCGAUAUCCUGAUGGUAGACUUGUACUCUACUGCAAGGGUGCGGAUACUGUGAUAUACGAAAGGUUGGCGGAUGGUAACCCUGAUUUAAAAAGAAUGAGUAGAGAGCACUUAGAGCAAUUUGGAGCCUCUGGGUUACGUACUCUUUGCUUGGCUUAUAAAAAUUUGAAGCCUGAUGUAUAUGAAAGUUGGAAUGAGAAGUAUAUUCACGCAAAAUCUGCUCUGCGGGAUAGAGAGAAGAAAUUGGAUGAAGUUGCAGAACAAAUAGAAAAAGACCUAAUUUUGAUUGGAUGUACUGCUAUUGAAGACAAGCUUCAGGAGGGAGUACCAGCGUGCAUAGAGACCCUCUCUCGAGCUGGAAUUAAAAUUUGGGUUCUAACAGGAGACAAGAUGGAAACAGCAAUAAAUAUUGCAUAUGCGUGCAAGUUGAUAAAUAAUGGCAUGAAGCAAUUUGUAAUCAGUUCAGAAACUGAGGCUAUCCGAGAAGUUGAAGAAAAGGGUGAUCAAAUAGAGUUAGCACGCUAUAUGAAGGAGUUGGUGAAGAAUGAGCUUAAAAGUUGUCACGAAGAAGCACAAAAAUUUCUUCAUAUGGAUUCAGCACCAAAAUUGGCACUUAUAAUUGAUGGGAAGUGUUUGAUGUAUGCAUUGGACCCCAGUUUACGUGGAAUGCUCCUAAAUUUCAGCUUGAAUUGCACCGCUGUAGUUUGCUGCAGAGUUUCUCCACUGCAGAAGGCACAAGUUACAAGCCUUGUUAAAAAGGGCGCAAACAAGAUUACCCUUAGUAUAGGUGACGGUGCUAAUGAUGUUAGCAUGAUUCAGGCUGCUCAUGUUGGUGUAGGAAUAAGUGGGCAGGAAGGUAUGCAAGCGGUGAUGGCCAGUGAUUUUGCCAUUGCACAGUUCCGCUUUUUAACCGAUUUACUUCUGGUGCAUGGUCGAUGGUCUUAUCAUAGAAUAUGCAAGGUUGUGACGUACUUCUUCUACAAGAACUUAACAUUCACACUCACUCAAUUUUGGUUCACCUUCGAAACUGGGUUUUCUGGCCAAAGGUUAUACGAUGAUUGGUUCCAGUCCCUCUACAAUGUUAUCUUCACAGCCCUACCUGUGAUCAUUAUUGGACUUUUUGACAAGGAUGUAAGCGCUAACCUUUCGAAGAAAUACCCUGAGCUGUACAAGGAGGGAAUUAGGAAUGCAUUUUUCAGAUGGAGAGUCGUGGCGACAUGGGCUUUCUUUGCAAUCUAUCAAUCACUGGUUCUCUACUACUUUGUUGUUGCUUCAAGUAAACGAGCCAUUAAUUCGUCCGGCAAGUUAUUUGGCCUGUGGGACGUUAGUACGAUGGCCUUUACCUGCGUUAUUGUGACUGUCAAUCUGCGUCUCCUCAUGAUGUGCAACACACUUACGAGAUGGCAUCACAUCAGUGUUGGAGGAAGCAUAUUAUUUUGGUUCAUAUUCGUCUUCAUCUACUCAGGUGUCGUCCUACCUAACAAGGAGCAGGAGAACAUCUAUUUUGUCAUAUUUGUCCUGAUGAGCACCUUCUAUUUCUACCUCACUCUCCUUCUCGUCCCAGUCGCUGCACUUUUCUGCGACUUCGUCUACAUGGGGGCGCAGCGCUGGUUCUUCCCGUAUGACUACCAGAUCAUUCAAGAAAUCCACAGGCACGAGGCCGACACAAGCAGGAUUGGAUUACUCGAGGUCGGACAGAGCCAACUCUCCCCAGACGAGGCUCGUAGCUACGCUGUAAUGCAACUCCCAGGACAGAAAUCAAGGCACACAGGUUUCGCCUUCGAUUCCCCCGGUUAUGAGUCGUUCUUUGCGUCUCAAGCUGGAGUGUACGUUCCACAAAAGGCGUGGGAUGUGGCUCGGAGAGCUAGCAUGAGGAGCAAGCCGAAGACGCCGAGAACCCCAAGAACUCCUAGAACACCACAGAGGAAUUAAUCACACUCAAUUUUGCCCAUUUUUGCAUAUUUCUUCCCCACCCUCAGUUUCUAUAUAGCAAAUUUUAAAUUCGAAUGUAUCAUAUCACAACAACUAUAGCAAUUUCUCAUGCUAUAAAUGUUCGUUUCACAUUCAUGGUGGCUGU